ACACGUGGUUCAAGGUCAUCCCGCGAGUGGCAUGUAAACAAGCCCUUGGAGACAACUUUUCGGCGCUCGUCAGCAGCUGGUCACAAACACACCACCACCACCACCAGAAGGAGGAUCGACAUCAUGGUGCGUGCCUGGUACAUGGAUGACAGCUCCGAGGAUCAGCGACUGGAGCACCACCUUGACCCUCCACAGUUUGUGACGCUAGAGGACCUCGCCAAUAUCACUGGGGUUACCUACUGGAAGCUGGACCCCAAGAAGUAUGAAGAGGAGGGCAAGCUGAACCGCAUUAAGACCGAGCGCGGCUACAAUUACACAGAUGUAAUUCAGAUUUCUCCGGAGAAGCUCCACAACUAUGAGGAGAGGAUCAAGGUGUUCUUUGAGGAGCACCUGCACACUGAUGAGGAGAUCCGCUUUGUCACGGAGGGCUCAGGUUUCUUUGAUGUGAGGGACAAGGCCGACCGCUGGAUCAGGAUUGAGGUGACGCCCGGGGACCUGCUCAUCCUGCCGGCCGGGAUAUACCAUCGCUUCACCCUCGACACGAAGAACUACAUCAAGGCCAUGCGUCUGUUCACUGGCGAGCCUGUCUGGACACCUCACAACCGCCCGGCAGACAACAUGGAGGCCCGCAAGAACUAUGUGGCACAGCAGGCCAAGGGUUUUGCUGUCAAGUAGCUGAUGCUGUGGUAGGGCACCCUCGUGACACGCUGGUGGUGGGGAGCUUAUGGUACAAACUAUGUUGUAUUGGCAGCUAGCUAUAAGAUGGCAGGACGUUUGUCUGUUUGUUGCUCGUCCCUUUUUUAUUCUGCCUGACUCACUCUUGUUUUCCUUCUUUCCUAGUGCCUUAGUUGGGAACUUAACCCGGUAGCAGCGACGGGCCAAAUUUGUGGCUUUACCUCAUAGCAGCAACGGGGCAAAUUUGUGCCGUGAUUUAAACUCCCCAAAAUAGAUGAUACAUAACCUCAUCACAAAUGCUUUGAUAUAUAUUAUGAAGUGGUUUGUGUGAGUGGUGAUUUUUUCUCAUUUUUCUCGCUUAGAGGGACCAUUAAGAAACAUGAUCCCCGCUGCUACCAGGUUAAUGUUUUCUUUUAGACUUUCAUAAUUCUUGUGUCUGAUCUUCUACAGUUUAUACAACUCCUCAUUCUUCCCUCUGAUCAGUGAACAGCAGACACAUCUAUGCCUUUCAUGAUAAUGUUUUGGGUGCUUGUUGGUUCUUGAUAUAUUCAGAUUAUAAUGUUAUUCUGGUAAUGACAAUAAUAGCAACAAUUGUAUAAAAUGAGGCACAUUAGUCAGUGCAAUGAGUAGUUGACAUUUUAAAUGGUUUUAUCUUGUUGCAGAGUUCAUAAUUUUACAUUUACACAUUCAUAGAUUAUAUAUGAAAAUAUGAAUGCAUUUUUUGGUGAAAGAGAACUACUUUUAAGAAACUGUGUCUUGGUGUCAUUUGUUAAACUAUUGUUGCAUGGGUUAUGUUAAAGUGUGUGUGACAGGCCUGGCAACUAAUUUAAAAGGUACAAUACAACCUCGUGCUGAGGCAGGGCAUGCAUGGACACCAGCACACACAGUACAUGCACACCUACUUGUAUUGGUGGAUGGAUGAUUCACGGUUUUGUCCCCUUAAUACAGAAUUACUAGUAACACCAUCAGGUACAAAACAUCCCUCGUAGCUUAUAGUGUCUAGUUCCAAUCCCUGUGUCAAUCCUGUCCGUGUACAAAGUUGUUCAAUCACUACCUUACUGAUACCACAGCUUUCUAAGUUUUGAUAACCUAAGCAUUCCAUUUACCUUUACUUUUAUGUGUGAUGAACAACCAAAUUAGUUUCCCCUUUACAAGUGUCCUUAACAUAAGAUAGGUGUGUGUACAUCAGACUCUUACUGUGACAUUUCAAAUUUGAAGCUUGCACAACACCUAAACCUAUGUAUGCCCUGGGUGGUGAGUGUCUGUAGCUUUUUAUGAUGAGACACUCACACACCUAUUCUUAUGCCCUUUUGAAUGAUUUAUGGAACAGAUCAUAGAGAAACUUGUAACAUUAUUAGUACACCUACAGCUAGGCCGAGGUGAAAGAGCUUAAGAUUGAUUCUGUACAAAUAGCACACCAGUACAAGGAACAACCUAUUCCAUGACGAGAGCUCAUGGACUUGAAAUGUAAUGCUGUGGUGAGAGAAAUUAGUUGUGUUUGUCACCCCCAGAGUUGUUAGCGGUGCAAUAAAUGAGCUUGUGGGGAA